AUGAGCAUUACGAAAGCUAUAAUGGAUCUUGAAGUAGAUGACGAUGGCAGAGUCAAGAGAACUGGUAAUGUGUGGACUGCUACAACACACAUAAUAACAGUGGUAAUUGGGGCUGGAGUGUUGGCUUUGGCAUGGGCCAUGGCCCAAUUAGGAUGGAUAGCCGCCGAUUGCUAUAGGUUUCCAGACCCAAUCAAUGGGAAACGAAAUUAUACAUACAUGCAAGCUGUCAAGGUCUACUUAGGUGGAAGGAUGCAUUUGAUUUGUGGAAUAAUUGUGUAUGCAAAGCUGGCUGGAAUCACAGUGGGCUACACAAUAACUUCAUCGACAAGUUUGGCAGCAAUAGGAAAAUCUGCUUGCCUUCGUAGUAAAGGACAUCAAGCUGAUUGUAGGAGUUCUUAUAAUCCGUAUAUGAUUGGUUUUGGGACAUUACAACUUUUCUUGUCUCAAAUUCCAAACUUUCACACAUUAACAUGGCUCUCAUCGGUUGCUGCUGUUACAUCAUUUGGUUAUGUAUUAAUUGCAAUUGGUCUUUGUUUUUCAAGAAAAGGUGCAUCGACCAGCAUAUUUGGAACAAAAGUAGGGCCAGAACUAUCUGCUGCAGACAAAAUUUGGAGGACUUGCAGUUCAUUCGGAAACAUAGCACUUGCUUGCAAUUACGCCACUGUUAUUUACGACAUAAUGGAUACAUUAAGGUCGACUCCAUCAGAAAUUGCCUUGGCUAUGCCGCUUUUGGGGAUAAAACACCAGGAAAUAUUUUUGCUGGAUUUUAUGAACCCAUACUGGUUGGUUGCAAUUGGUGAUAUAUGUAUAGUUAUCCACAUGGUUGGAGCAUAUCAGGUGAUGGCUCAACCAUUUUUUCGAAUCAUUGAAAUAGGUGCUAACAUCAUGUGGCCUAAUUCAAAUUUCAUAAACAAGGAUUAUCAAAUUAGUGUGUGCAAGAUAACAAUCAAUAUGAAUUUGUUUAGGCUAAUUUGGAGGACUAUAUUUGUGAUAAUAGCAACAGUUCUUGCCAUGGCAAUGCCAUUUUUUAAUGAAGUUCUUUCUCUCCUUGGAGCACUUGGGUUUGGACCCUUAGUUGUUUUCUUUCCCGUACAAAUGCACAUUGCCCAAAAGAACAUACAAGUAUUAUCAUUGAAGUGGUGUGCUUUCCAACUUUUGAAUUGUUUGUGUUUAUUCGUCUCCUUUGUUGCUGUAGUAGCUUCAGUUCAUCAGAUUAGCCAAAAUCUACAUAAAUUCAAGAUUUUUGGUUAUAAAAAUUAG